ACGGCUAAUUUGGCUGAUCGAGGCAUGUGAGAAGAGCCAUGAUGUGAUUGUAACCAUCCUCUAGGAUCCUAAGUGCUGGGAUUGCUGGAGUCUGCGUUGCUUUCGCUGAGGGGUAAGUUGCAUAGGCCUCAACCAUACUCCUCGAGGAUACCCUUCAUGUCAUUGCACUGGGCAUACCAGGGCAUAUAUCUCACCUCCGCAUACUGGAAAUACGGCUCGAUGGAUGUUGGAUUGCUGUGUGCACUCUGGCUGACCCCCAGGUCGCCUUGUGCAUACCAGGGGCCAUGGCCAGGCUCUCUCGCCUGCAGUGGGCUGCCACUGCCAGCCGCCUGCGCUCAGGCUGCCGUCCUCAGGCACCACUUUUGGGUGCCUGAAACCGUCACGCCUGCUCCCUUAUACCCCCCCGUAAUUAUCUCCUUUCGAAACCAGUCACCGCUGAUGGCCGAACGGCUGGAGGCCCAUGUUCGCACGGUGUACUCCGCUAGAGCCGGGAUCUUCGGAGACCACGCUCGUUCGAAUCUCGCUCAGACCACUAUCUGUUCGAAUUUGAAGCUAGUGCGCGAGCCUUCCUAGUGGUACGGCCCCUGAUUCAACUCGGGUGGUAGACAGGGUGUUAGCCAGCACCGUUGUCGCAAACGUACGGAGGCAGCUUGGUU